GAGCUGAACGCGAUUGAUAAUUAUUAUCAAUUUUCGAUCAAAACAGUGGAGUAAUUUGCACGCUACUGUAACUUAUAUACAUUUGUUUUUAAAGUAAUCGUAUAGUUCGUGUGGUUAUUGCUGCUCAAAAGUACCAAGUUUUUUCUAUUCAACACUUGAACAGAAAUUUUGUAAUAAUCAUCGAAAUCUUGCAACAAAAAUAAGAAAUCGGUUCGAAAUGGAUGAUAGGCCCGGUGAUUUCGAUUUAAUAUUCAGCUGGAUAAAAUUAAAUACUCCCGUCAUUAUCUACUUAGGACAAGGAUACGGGUAUAUGCCUGUUUACACGGAUCGGUUAGACAACAAUAAUGAGCGUGGAGAAGAUUUAAUGCUCUCGUGGUACGCACCGCAUCCAAGGACGGGCGAAUACACAAAUUCCAAUGUACAUUUAGACGAAAUACGGCCUAUUUGGUACCGGGAUGCGGCUAGAGUUAUACACGAUAAAAAUCGACACUAUUACAGAGAUGUAGAUUUUCGAUAUAAUCUCUCUCUUCAUUCAAACAGAGAUAUAUUUGUGUUCGACGGUAAAGGAACUGAUCGCGGUUUGGUAAAAGCUGACAAGGACCACAACGACGGCAGGUUAGAGGCAGUUUUGCGCAGAUUGCACGAAAACUGCCUCUACCAUGGGGUACCCAUGUACGUCAUGGAAAAUAGCUAUGAGUUUGUCCAUGAAAAUGACGCCUCAAGCGGAUGCAGCAAUUGAGGAAUCUGACCAAAUUCAUCCAACAGCCGCCAUUGCUGCCCAAGCGGUCUCCACGAGCUCAAGCAGUGGUAGGCCAAAAAAGUUGGUUAGGAAAAAAAAUAACGGAAGUAAUAACCGACCAUACCUUUUGGUUGUUCUGAAUUUUAAAUGAAAGAAAGAAAAUGAAAAAAAUGUAUACAUAUGACACUUAUACACACAUAUACUUAACACACGCACACGCGCACGCGCACGCGCACGCACGCACACGCGCACACGCGCACACGCGCACACACACACACACACACACACACACACACAUAUAUAUAAUUACCAAAUCAUUAGGGCGGGAGGAAGGGAGUUAUAUUUAGUUUAUUUUGGAAAAGUAAUUUUACUGUUUAAUAUUUUUGUGUUUCUACAUUCGAGAAUCGAGACGAAUAAAAUGGGAUGAGGAACAAGCCCUGGCAGCUCAACAUCUGCCAACUGACCAAUGGGAUACGAUUCUGUUCUCCACUUCCCGUUUUAGUUCCAUAGGUCUUUGAUUUGGCCCCGAUCUGUACAUAUCUUGUGAACUGAACUGAGUAUGAACUUUGAAAGAGCACUGGAAGAAAUUCCUGAAGGUACAUAGUGACCUUUUUCGACAACGGCUUUGUUGAUCCAGAAACCGGCGGAUGGUAUGUGUUUCAAACCAUAGAAGUCAACGGUAUAUCACAGACACGCACUCGAGAAUACUACGCAUUAGUAGAAGAGCUGGCUUACAUGGGUAUUCCACUAGCGGUCAUCGCCACAAUCCCACAGCCACCGGAGCACCUCGAGCAAGCCGAAGUCGCCGCAGCCAUGGUUCAUCAGCAAAUAGCCGAUCAAGCUUACGUCACCGAUGAACAGCCACCCGCAGAGUAAACACCACCGAAAGUUAAUCAUUUCGUCGCGUAAUAUAUCGUUCGUAAUAAUACAUAUCGUAAUAAAAUUACAAAAUUAGGAGGAGAACUGGAAGAUGGGUCCCCAUCUGUAUGUAAAAAGUACAGAUUGAGACCCAUCCCCAGUUCCAUUUACCACAAUUUUUCGUAUUAUUCUUCGUUACCCACGAUCUUCGUAUGUAUAAUUUAGACUCCUUUCGUUUAUAAGCGAGAACGUUAUUGAUUUUUUUUGUUU